GCGCCUAGCCUAUUCUACAUUUGAUUUGGACCUUGGCAAGGCAUUUUGCACAGGGCGAUAACCAUUAUUUUGCUUUCCAGAGACUGACACACACACAUGCUGUUUUGUGAGGAUACACAUGACCCCUGGAUGUAACCAUGUUUUUGAGGCUUAAACUCUUGGUGUUUGGCUUGGCCCUCGUUGUGGAUGGACAGGACUCAGAACCAGUGGCAAAGAAAACUACUGCUCUUCCUCCCCAAGAGAUUGUUCCAACAAGCAGCUCAUCCUUCCUCCCUCGCACGGAAUCAAACACUUCCAGCACUCAGGCACUCAGCAGCAUUGCUGCCUCUCCUUCACUCUCUCCCUCCACCGUCACGCACGCACCACCAGAUGAUGGGGAUAAUUCCACCACGCAUACCAACAUUUCAUCAUCCUCUGGCACUCCAGCAAACAUCCCUCCAGCUCUCACAGAGACCACCCCUGGUCCAAUAGUACCCUCUACUACUCCAGUGGACUGCAGUCGUAUAAACAUUUCAGUGGUUCGUUAUGAGUACAAUUCACAAGGCGUCACUGCAGAACUUGAAGUUACGAAAAGGACAGAGCUGCAAAAUGUUAGCUGUGAAUAUGCCCACUGUACUUGGGACAAGGACCAAAACGCACUCGCUGAACUUCAAGAAUGUGUCGAAUACAAGAUAGUAGCAUCUUUUAAUGGAUGUGAUGCAAUAACAUCAGUUCAUGUCCCCCCUGAAACUGAUGAGUGGAAACUGGACGAAUCACAAAAAAGUAGCACCAGUGUGACUUUAUCCUGGAACAAUCAUGGAGAUGAUAAGGAUCAUUGCCAUUUAAGAUAUUCCUGUCACUGUCAUCUACAUGGUAAGAAUUUUCAGAUCAUUGAAGAACAGAACAGUUGUACAGUGACUGGUCUAUCACCCAACAAGAACUACAAUUGUUCAUCAGAAAUAUGGUUUAAUGGCAACAUUGUGAAAACUGACAGCAAAUGGAUAAAAACAGAUUAUGGAACACCUGGCAAGCCUGAAAAUAUUUCAUGGAAUUCAAGCAAUUCUACAAUAGAAAUCACAUGGAAGAAGCCACAAUCUAAAGAAAAUGGCCCUGUUGAUGGGUACAAGGUCUGCCUCUGGGAGAAUUACCGCUGUGGCGAAACUGAUAAUGUUUCAAAGAAUACCAGGCAUAUAUGGAAUGACUUAAAGCCCUACAAAAAUUAUAGUGUCCGUGUUUGGGCAUACACCAUAACACAGAAUAAUGCAACACUGGAAGGGCCACAAAGUAGCACGACUAUUCCCACUAAAGCAGCAAAACCAACAGGUGUGAGAGAUCUAAAAGCAGAUCUAAAAGAAAACAAUGCUGUUAAGAUCAAAUGCUCAAAGCCAGAACAAAUAAACGGCCCCAAAGAAGAAUAUAUUUUGUACCUGGAGGAUGAGAAUAAAACGAACAAAGCUUGCGAUUUUGAAGUUGCAAACCUGGCUUAUCUGACAACAUACACGUUUAAGGUUGGUUUUAGCAACGGGAAUUAUACCUCGGAAGCUGUGGCCUCUAAUUCAGUAACAACCAGAUAUAAUUCUCGAGCCCUGAUUAUAUUUUUGGCAUUCCUCAUUAUUGUGACCUCUGUGGCUUUGCUCCUUGUUUUGUAUAAAAUCUACACCCUUAACAAAAAACGAUCAUCGGAUCCAGAUACACCUAUGCCGCCUUUUAUCAUAGAUGAUGAUAAACAUCUGCUGAACAUAGACCCAGUUCCUGCAGAGUUGUUGUGGGAAACAUAUAAGAGAAAGAUAGCAGAUGAAGGAAGACUUUUCCUGGAUGAAUUUCAGAGCAUUCCCAGAGUUUUCAGUAAAUUCGCGAUAAAAGAUGCACGCAAGUCUUACAACCAGAACAAAAACCGUUACAUUGACAUCCUCCCUUAUGACUACAACCGUGUGGAGCUUUCUUCAGUACUUGGGGACCCUGGAUCUGACUACAUAAAUGCAAGCCAUAUUGAUGGCUUCACAGAACCAAGAAAAUACAUUGCUGCCCAAGGUCCCAAGGAGGAGACAAUGGAUGAUUUCUGGAGAAUGAUCUGGGAGCAGAAGGCAACCAUCAUCGUCAUGGUGACUCGCUGCGAGGAAGGAAACAGGGUCAAAUGUGCCAAAUACUGGCCAUCCAUGGAAGAGGAGACCGCAUCUUACGGAGACAUCGUUGUGAAGAUAAACGAAAGUAAAGUGUGCCCCGACUACAACAUUCAGAAGCUGCAUAUCACAAACAGAAGGGAAAAGACCACAGGAAGAGAUGUGACCCACAUCCAGUUCACCAGCUGGCCAGACCAUGGGGUCCCCGAUAAUCCCCAUCUCCUUCUCAAGCUACGACGCAGAGUUAACGCUUUCAGCAACUUUUUCAGUGGCCCUGUUGUGGUCCAUUGCAGUGCUGGUGUUGGGCGCACUGGAACCUAUAUUGCAAUUGAUGCGAUGCUGGAGGGGCUAGAGGCUGAAGGAAGAGUGGAUGUCUAUGGCUACAUUGUCAGGUUGCGGCGGCAGAGGUGCCUCAUGGUGCAAGUGGAGUCACAGUACAUCUUGAUCCAUCAAGCUUUGGUUGAAUACAUCCAGUUUGGAGAAACAGAGGUCAACAUCCCAGAACUACACAACUGCCUCAAUUACCUGAAGAAGCGAGAUCCUGCCAGUGACCCACCUCCACUGGAAGCUGAAUUCCAGCGACUGCCUUCAUACAAGAAUUGGCAGACACAGAGAGCAGCUAACAGAGAUGAAAAUAAAAGUAAAAAUCGGAGUUCUGCGGUCCUUCCAUAUGACUAUAACAGAGUUCUGUUCAAGUGCGAAGAGGAGGGCAGCCAAGAGACUGAGCACGAUUCCAACGAUGAGGAUUCUGAUGAGGAAAGCGAAUGUGAGGAGCCCAACAAAUAUAUCAACGCUUCCUACAUAACUGGCUACUGGCUUCAAAAUGCAAUGAUAGCAACCCAAGGACCACUCCCAGAAACCAUUGGUGACUUCUGGAACAUGGUGUAUCAAAGAAAAGUGAAAGUUAUCGCUAUGCUGACGGAACUGAAAGAUGACACACAGGAAUUCUCUGCACAGUACUGGGGAGAUGAAAAGAGGACCUAUGAUGGUAUUGCAGUUGAACUGAAGGAUGUCAACCAUUGUUCCAGUUACACUGUCCGUACCUUUGAUGUAACACACGUGAAGAGGAAAGAAACCCGAAAAGUGUUUCAGUACCAGUACCAUAAAUGGAAAACCUUUGUUCUACCAGAGAACCCCAAAAGCUUAGUCACCAUGAUCCAGGAACUUAAACAGAAGCUUCCACCACCAGAUGUAAUAGCUGAAGCAAAUAUGCGGAGCAGCAAUGUUCCGCUUGUUGUUCACUGCUGUGAUGGUGCCCAGCAAACAGGAGUAUUCUGUGCUUUGCUGAAUCUUUUGGAAAGUGCAGAGACUGAAGGCAUAAUAGAUGUUUUCCAAACUGUGAAAUCUCUCCGUCGAGCCCGGCCAGCAAUGAUUUCCUCCUUUGAGGAUUAUCAGUUUUUGUAUGAUGCUAUUGCCAGCGUGUAUCCUGCCCAGAAUGGACAACUGCAAAAAAACCAAGAACACAAAGUGAAUAUUCCAAAUGAUGUAAAGGAAGAAGGGGUUAUUGUUGAUCUCUGCCUUCCAGUCCAGACAAGUGGGAAUAAUGCAGAAAAGCACGAAGAAUCUAAAGCCAAGGAUGGAUCGAGGGAAGCAGAAAAUUCUUCCAAUGGACCCACAAACCCAAUUUUAACUGAAAUAGCCUAAAAGCUUAAUCUUCCCUUCCCACUUCAAGGCUUCUGUGCAUCCCACAGAUGGUUCAUUCAGCAGCAAAUGUUGGGGGAAUGUUCUCUCACUCACACAAUCCCAAACUCUUGUUUUCUUUAGAGAAAGUUUUUUUUAAUGAACUCCUGAAAAGAUUGUUUCCCCGCAAAGGUACGCAAUAGGUCACUUGAAACUUGUAGAUAGCUUCAGCAUCCUGUGAAUUGUGCAUGUGUGUUUGUGUGUAGAGUUGCCAUUUUUAGUCCUUUGGUGAUAUUUGUAUUCUUUGGUGUGUGUGGUGGUUUUUUUUUUUAAUUGUAUAGUAUCAAGCUCUCCCCCCUUUUUUUUACAAGUUGGUAUUUUACAUAGCACUGAAAGAGGAAAGGAAAUCUUAACUUGUUUUUGUUUGUUUUAACAUAAGAGAAAAUCGCUAGUACAGUUUAGAUACGUAUCACCAGUCAUAUGCAACUACAGAUUUAAAUGUACAGGCAGAUAUGCAAAGCAAAGUGCAACACUUCUAGUUUAAAGACACUCUUAAUACAAGGUUGUGAUAUAGCAGAUGAAAGUGAAGAUCAAAGUGUGUAUGGGGGGAGGGGGGUAGGUUUAGAAAAUUACACUGGGCACCCCUAGGUACUUGUUCUUUGUUGGUAUCUGUCUCUCUUUGGAGACAAUGGAAUUGAAGGCACCUUUGGGGGUGAACUUAAACUGUUGGAAGGUUGUAGAGACCCAUACAGGAGAGACAUGUAACAGCUGGGGCUGAUGAAGGCGUAAAUUAUAUACUGUUUGGGGAAUAUGCCCGCUGGUGAGCAGAUGGUAGCAUUGGUGCAAAUACAAUGCAUACACAACACAAUGCCCAUUGUAGACAUGGAGCAUUUCCUGAUACAGUGGUACCUCGGGUUACAAACACUUCAGGUUACAAACGCUUCAGGUUACAGACUCCGCUAACCCAGAAUCAUAGAAUCAUAGAGUUGGGAGAGACCACAAGGGCCAUCCAGUCCAACCCCCUGCCAAGCAGAAAACACCAUCAAAGCAUUCUUGACAUAUGCCUGUCAAGCCUCUGCUUAAAGACCUCCAAAGAAGAAGACUCCACCACACUCCUUGGCAGCAAAUUCCACUGCUGAACAGCUCUUACUGUCAAAUAGUACCUUGGGUUAAUAACUUUGCUUCAGGAUGAGAAGAGAAAUCACGCAGCGGCAGUGGGAGGCCCCUUUAGCUAAAGUGGUACCUCAGGUUAAGAACAGUUUCAGGUUAAGAACGGACCUCCGGAACGAAUUAAGUUCUUAACCAGAGGUACCACUGUACUCAAGUAACCGUACUGUUUCAAGAUCCUGCUAUUUUUUAAAGACUUGCAUUUCUCCAACCAGCCUCAGGAUGGCACUGUGUUCAUAGAUAUCCAACUGACUGUUCCCCUUAGGAUGUGCAAAAAGGUCGCUUGUAAGUUAUGAACGUUGAAUGUUUUGCAAUUUGCUAGAUGGACAUCAGUCAGUUUACUUGGUUUCCACAUGUUAUCACACCUGAAACAUUACAAACACACACACACACACACAGAGUUUUCUCUGGCUUGAAUGAAGCUUUUCUUAAAAUAUGUUUUCUUUUUAUUCUUGUAUAUGCUAUUCUUUCUGAAAUUAUGCAAAUUUUAUAUGAAAAUAAGUUUUAUAUGUUUUAUUUCUAUUUCUACUUUGAAAUAAAAAUAAUAUAUCUGAUAAAAAUAACCCCUCAGAAAUUAUUCUGAGGCAUAGAAAAGGUUUGGUAUCAUUGCAAUAAACAAGGUGGAUUGGAUUUUUUUUUUUUUAACAGGCCAUCCUAAAUUGAUGUCUUCUGCAACACAAAAUGUAUGGUUUUCAGGGCCAAACUACAUAGCUGUUACAGGGUUAUUAGCAUUUAUUAGUCACUCAAAGCAACUUACAAAAAGUUGUAGUGUGGGCUGUACAAUUCGUAUUUGGGCUCUGUCACUGAGGAAAGCGAAUAGUAUGAGCGGCGUUCAUCUUGCUUUCAGGCCAAGAGAGCUGGCAUUUGUCCGGAGACAGCUUUCCGGGUCAUGUGGCCAGCAUGACUAAACCACAUCUGACACAACGGAACACCGUGACGAAAACCAGAGCUCACGGAAAUGCCAUUUACCUUCUCGCUGCAGCAGUAUCUAUUUAUCUACUCGCACUUGCAUGCUUUCAAACUUCUUGGUUGGCGGGAUCUGGGACAGAGCAACGGAAGAUCACUCAGUCACAGGGAUUCGAACCGCUGAUCGGCAAGGCCAAGAGGCUCAGUGGUUUAGACCACAGCGCCACCUGUGUCCCUUGUAUCUAAACCUAAAUCACUGCAGACACAAGGCUACAUUUUGCAGCCUACUUCUGCAGACGGUGCGCAUUACUCCAGCACACUUUCGCAAGUCAGAUUGCAAUUAUUAUUAUUAUUAUUAUGCUUCCCUUAAUGUUCUUGAUAUUUGCCAUGAUCAGAAAGUAAAAUAUAAAUGUAGGCCUCCGGGUACAGGGUGGUGUAUAAGUUGAAUAAAUAAAUAAUAAAUAAAAUAAAAUAAAGCUUAGGGAAAAAUUGGUGUCAACUUGGGUUCCCCUACCUGGAAAACAUCUUCACUAGCCCUGACCUCCAUCCAGUGCUAAAAAGAGGGCUAAGGGCUAAGAAGAGGUAGGACACCAAAUGUCACAGCUUGUCUAAUAAUUACUUCAUGGUAAUUUUCCUUGGGUAUGUAGAUAGUCUAAAACCUGGGAAAAUAGCAAGGCAUCAAAUAUUCUAAUGGUAAUUAGGCAGGAGCAGAAUUAGGGUCAAGCAGUAGAUGAAGGAAAGGUGGGGAAUUGUUUUACACCAGGUGGGGAGGUAAUUAAAAAAAAUAUUAAGAGGGACAGCUGUCCGUCUGUUUCAGGUGCCCAAAGGUACAACUACAUUGUUUGUCCACUAGGCUGUGCUAAAACAUUUCAAAUAGAAGUUCAUCUUUAAAACAAGAAGUGCUUUGAGACAAAUACUUAGGAGGCUGUGGCAGUAAACGUCUGCUGGAAACUUUUGUUUCUGCAAACCUACCCUAGCAUAGAAUCUAGCCUAUGUUUGUCUUAAAAGUUUUACUGAUUUUAUCUGUUUCUAUUAUUCUCAUGUCUUAACAGUGCUGUAGAUUUCAGCUGUGUUUUAUAGAAAAUUUUAUUGUGCAUGGCACUUAGGGAUUUUUUUUUCUAAAUAAGUAAAAUAAUAUGGCAAGAAGGAUGAAACCAGUGGUUCUUAAAUCACAGCCAUUAGUGCAACUGACAGUGAGAUUGAAGUUGCACCCUAGCCCCACUUACCUGGGAGUAAAUCCCAUUGAAUUCAAUAGGACAUACUUCUGAGUAGACAUGGUUAGAUUGCACUGUAAGCCAGGGAGGACUUUUAUGGUGCCACUAAACAUUUGCAGGGGCUUUGCUUAACAUGGGUGUGGACAAAUUGAGGUCUUCUUCAGCUCCCAUUAGCCGGCAUGGCCAAAAGUCAGAGAUGAUGGGGUUUUUAGUUAAACAACAACUGAAUGGCCUCAGCUUCUCCAUCCUUGGUUUAAAGGACAAAAAUAGAGUUUCACCCUGUUUUCAAGCUCAGUGGGUACUAUCUGGAUGAGGGACUCACACCUAACUUUAACCUGUGCAUGAUCACGGCUGUUUUGUGUGUGCUUCUGCUACUGUCUGAUCAAGACCCAUCUUGACUACUGUCUGGCCAAGUCCGGAAGAACUCCCUAAGACCAAUUUGCCAAGAAUCAAAGUAUUUCCAUAAUGAGACUCCCAAUCCUUUUGCAGAGGUCUGCAACUUGGUUUUUUUAAAAAAAAAAUAGUGGAGGGGGUGUUAACCCCCCUCCAAGUCCAGUGCCUCCUCAAUAUGCAUCAUAUUUCCUUCAUGACAAAACAAUACCGGUGCAUCUAUAUGUACAUUAAACGGAGCCUUCUGCCAGGGCCUUGAAUUUCAGUUUGUGGUCAUUGCUUCCUCUGACUUCAUAAAUGUAAGAUGGAGGAUAAGACAAGGAAAGCUUUUAGCUGCAUCUCUGCUGAGGAUGACACCAUUCUAGUGGCCACGAGAGGAGAGUAGGAAGUUAACUCACUCCCCGUUCAGAUACUGUAUUUGUAUGGGCUUUGCAAAGACUUGCACAGUGCUUGCCUUUGUAAGGGAAUGUGCAGAACAGUUGGAAGGGACCCUAAGGAUCAUCUAGUCCAACCCCCUGCAAUGCAGGAAUAUGCAGGUGUCCCAUACGGGGAUCAAACCUGCAACCUUGGCAUUACCAGCACCAUGCACUAACCAACUGAGCUCCAGUAUGAGGCUCUAAAUCGGGUGAGAAUGCCCCUUAGAAAGCCCUGUGCCAAGCCUGGCCUGGCCUGGCCAAGUUGCUGCCACUUCCAGCCUUGGGGUGGGGGUGGGGUUUGCACCUGCCAAGUGCUGCAUCAGCCAGUCGGGCUCCCCACUGCAUGGGCUGGCAGGGCAGCAUGGCCCCGUGAAUCCUCUGUGCCCUGCACUCACCUGGCGGCAGCAGCAAUAAGGGUUGGGCAAUGCAGUGGGUUUUGUUU